AUGAGUUGUUUGGAAAAGAAGCGGAAGCCAAUGGUUCCCUUGAAAACUCUAGAUAUAAUAUUCAGACGUCGUUAUGUUCCCAAUACACAACAUUACUUCACGAAUCGUAAACAUGCUGUGAAGCAGGAUGAGAAGCAAAAAAAGCAGAUGAAGCCUUUUCGCAUCCCCAAAUCUGAGAAGCUGUUGUCUUACAUAAAGUACAGUGACCGAAAAGAAAAAGUAAGUGCCAAAGAAAGAUUAGCUCAACCACUGCAUCUUAAAGAUAACUUAAGAAUCGCAGCUACUAGGGACAUCUCUAAAAGACUGUUUGUUGAAGAACCUCCUGAUGAUGUUAGAGCAGUUGUGGAAAUUCAUCCUGAGUUUUAUACCGUGAUUGAAGGUCGUCCUUUGCGGUGUUUUGACGAUAUCAAAGUUUAUCUGAAUAAUAUUAGAGCUUACGCUAUGAACCGACAGCAAAUCGGAUAUCGACGCGACUUGAUUCUUAAAAUUGAAAAAAGCGACGUUGAAGAAUCUGAGCAUUAUGAAAAAAUUUUUGAUAAAUUGAAGCAACAUAUAAAAAAUUUUCAAACUUUUCUCACGGAGGAUUACAAGAAAGCUUGCUAUAAAGUAGCGCGAGCAGAAAAAGUUUACAACACUUUGCUUGCUAAAGACUCAGAGUUUCUUGGGUACGUUUCUAGUUUGACGAUUUUAAAUAACAUUUUGUUUAAACUUGAUGCCAUAAGAAAUAUUUUGAAGACGUACAGAAGUUUUUUAACGUUUGUAGCGCCUUUGUCUUGGCGACAACAAAAUGACGAAACUUUAAGAGGGAAGACAAUGUCGAUACAGUUUGAAUCAGGAGAAUUUGCUACUGAUAGUGAUCUAAUUGAAUCAAUGGAUAUUGAGAAAACCGUAGAGAUGGCUAAAGUUGAACUCAAAAACCCACUUCCAGCUAGUCUCUUUUUCAAAACUCCUGAACAAAUGAUGUACUUAUUCCGUUCGAUGGAGCUGCAAUCUCGAGAGUAUAUAAUACAGCUUUCUAAAACAGAUGGUCCUAAUCGUUUACUUCGAGACCGCAUGAAACAGUUAAAACAGGGACAGGCACAAGAGUCUGAUUAUUUCCAAUAUUAUAUUGAUAUUAUCAACUUUGAAAUAUCCAGAGAAAGUUUUAACGAAAAACAUCUGCGCGAUAAGUUUUUCAGAAUUUUAAAUGAAUCUUUUUAUGACAGCAUUGCGAGUCAAACUACAUUAAAAUUGAAGAUAUGUAUUGAGUACGUGUACGAACAAGUUUUUGGAAAAUGCGAAGAAGGGCAUCAUAGUUUACAAGAUCCUCUGAAAAUUCUUGAAGUAAUGUAUGAAGACUAUAACUUGCGGUUGGACGCGUUAGAUUUCAAGAUUGUAUGCCAAGCACAAAAUGAUUUCUUUGCACAGGAUUUGAAAAUGAUGCACAAUGCUAAUGAUGCACAAAGGGAACUCAGAGCUUUUAGGGAAAUGACAAAUGCUAUGAACAAAGCAUUUUGGCCGCCAGCAAAGUUUGUUCGACCACCAAUCAAAAAAUUUUUAGACAAAAAAAAGCAGUAUCGACUUAAGACGACUGAGAAAAAGAAAAAUGAAAUUCAGAGUGGAGAACGAAUGACGCCUAAGAAAUAUAAGUUAUCAAUGGAGGAACGUGAGGGUUUGCUGUUGUUUACAGAGUGGUGUGAAGGUAUGAACCCGGCUCCUUUCUUAAAGGAAUACUAUGAAUUUGCAAAACCUGUAUUUGAGUGGGAACCUCAAAAGUCAAAAGAAUUCAAUCCAAUAGAACAUUAG